CUUCACACUUCAAAAAAAACCAUGACAUAGCGCUUGUUGACGUGAUGUGCUGACUUCUGACGAUUAGAUUUUUUGGCGUGGUGACCAAAUCUGCGAAUGUUUGAUACCAUAAUCUCGGUUUAAUACUGUUAAUAGAGAAUCUAAAAGUUGCCUUUGAAGUCACACUGUAAUAUUUGCAAGCAAGAUGCCACCGCGAGUUGAUGACAUAAUGAAACUGUGUUGCGAAGUCUCCGCUAAUCAACAAGUAAAAACAGCGGUGAAGCAGUCUGGAAAAGGAGCAGCGGCAGCUGGUGGUUUAGCUUUUGCAGGAGGAUUGAUUGGGGGUCCUCUGGGAAUUGCAGUGGGUGGGGCUGUCGGUGGACUGAUUGGAUGCUGGAUGACAAGCGGCCAGUUUAAACCUCUACCCCAGGUUAUCAUGGAAAUGACACCAGACCAGCAGCGCAGACUCUAUGAGGAUGUUGUAGCCGUUUUAGGCUCAAUAACAUGGACUGAUGUUGCACAGCUGACUGCCCUGGUAAUGGGAAACGCCACACUACAGCAGCAAGUGACCGCUGCUCUUCUGAGCUACAUACAAAAGGAACUUCAAGCUGAAGUGCAUUAUGUAGACUGACUUCAUUUUAUUUUUAAUGUGAAACAGUUCAAACCUUAUAAUCAUGUGUCAUACAGGUUGUUUAAUUGGAUAAUUGAGUACUGUAGUUGAACCUGGCGAACAUAGCAUAUUUUUUUACUGUCGUAAAAUGUUUUUAACUUUAUAUGGUACAUUUGAAUCCAUGAAAACUUGUUUCCACCACAGGAUAAAAAAAAAACAAACCUUAAAAAAAAAACAUAAAAGGUAAUAAAGUUUAUAUCGGACAGUAAUGACUUUUUUUUCCCCCUUGCACUUUUGAGAAAAAAAAAGUCAGAAUUAUUACAUGGCAGAAAAAGAAACAAAAAAAGGAAUUGUGAGAGAAUUCUACAGAAAAAAAGUCUUUGAGUUAUGAUCUAUAAACUUGCAAUUGUGAGAUAAAGGUACUGAGACCUAAUUUAACAAUUCUUACUUUUUCCCUUGCAAUUCUGAGUUCAUAUCUCUAUAAUUCUGGAAGAAAAGUC